ACUUCAUUCAGGGACUGAGUUUUGUUCCAAGAAAUUGAUUCUUCAAUUGCUGCUACCAAAGAUGGAAGAACAGGAGACUGUAUUGCGUCAUAGCCGUCAUCCUCCUAUAAUGCAGGAUAUAUCAUGGCCUUUGGCGAUUCCAUUCAAAGAGCAACGCUACUAUAGAAGCCCAAGUGAAUCAAUAGGCAAUAACUACACACCAACAGCAAGCAACCUGAAAAUUAAAAAUUUGAAGAAUGCGUUCCGAGCUGACAAGGUGGCUGCAGCAAUGCCGUCCUGUGCAAUGAAAUAUUAUGCUGCAAAAGCGUAUCAACCUGAGCUGAAGAGUCGAAAGUUUUCAGCAAGAAGCAAGACUAUCAGUGAAAGAGAUUCAACAAGUCGGCAUGGAGCCCCUGGCCCUUCUGGAGCAUCGGAUUCUACACCUCCGGCAGGGGAGGUGUUCCCUGGAAGCCGACCUAUGACGCCAGUGGAACAAAUUAAUCUAAUUCUUGAACAUGAAGAAGAAAUUGCUGAGCUAGAAGGAGUGCCUUCUGAUCGAGAUUAUGAGAGAUAUAGCUACUACAUUGAUCAUGGCAUCCAGCCUGAUAUGAUUGAACCACAAAAGCCUGAACAAAUAAACCGAAUAGAACAACUUUUGCCAAAGGAGCUUAGAAAUGUUCCAGAUUUGCAAGAGCUACGCGUUGAAUUGCUUGAGGAGGUUCAUAGUGACUAUGACAGCAGCCUUAGGAAAGCUAUUGUUAACUACAUCUUAAAGGAUCCUUCUGAACGGAUGCGGCUUUUUGUUUCUUCUGUGCCUCGAUCUUUUCCUCAUAGAGUCGUUCGUGCUCCAGUUCCUUGGCACAAUGCGUACUGUAAAGCUAAGGCUUGGAAUGAAUCUCACCUCUUUGUUAUCAAUCCAAUGAUGACUUUACUACAGGAGUUCUGGUACACAAAGUUCGAUAAUCUCCGAUUUGUACAUCUGAAGAAAAUAAAAAAUGAAGACCUUCCUAUGCUCCCUCAAGAGUUUGAAGAUCUUGUAAAGAAACAGUGUGCAGAGGCUCAUAACAUCCUUGAAAACAAUUGGGUCCCAACCUGUGCUACUCUCUUCCUUACUCACAAAGAGAAGUGGAUGCAUCUGGUGCCACAAAAUGAUUGUGAUUCAACUCAACAAGUUAAAGAAUUCUUUGCAUGUGCUGCCUCUAUCAUGUCUUUGCAACUAAGGGAACUUGUUGUCAACUCUUUGAAGGAUCUCCUCUCAUUUUUUACCGUACACAAGGAUGGAAAUGAUUUUGGAGAAGAAUACCAUGAGAUGCGAUAUGUCAGGCCACAAAUCAUGAUCCUCAAACUGAAAGUGGAAGAACCUAAAAUCACUUUUGAACCAAGCCUGGAUGAGUGCUGGGACCUAAUUAAUCGAUGCUUCAAGGAAAUUCUUAAAAGUGCUGAUGGAAUUCUUAAGGUGGAGUGUGAACUCUUUCCAGACAUUAGAGAAAAAAACCUCACCAUUCAUACGGUAAAAGAAGAUGAAUCCUUAGUCAGUGAAAUUAUCAGCAAAACACAAGAAAUUUUUAGUGCCAAUGUCAUCGGGCCACAAAGCUACCUAAAUGUGUAUAAAAUAUACAGUGAUCUUUUGAACAACAAAACUGAACAAGAAAUUACUACCUUUUUGUCAGAGAAACAUUCAAUGGAAGCAUUCAUAACAAAAAUAGAGGGCUUGCAGAAACUGUGUGAUGAAAUAGCUUUAAUGCACGUCACUGUGCCACUUGCUAUGUUUUGCCUGGAUGCUGUCAGCCUGAAUGCAGACCUCUGUGCUCGCGGUAUGAAACUAAAGGAAAUGUUAGUUGAGUCGGUGGUGAAGGAAAAUCGGAAUCUCAACAUGAGUAUUUGUCACCGCUAUGAGGAGAUAUCUGAUCGGAUUAGCGAAAUACCUGAGACCACAGAAGAGCUGGUAGAACUUGACACUUUUGUGAAAAAAUCCAGCGAGGUCACUAUUACUAAACUGAAAGAAGAAAUCUUUGAAGCAGCAGAUAGACUGGAUUUUUUAUUAGACUAUGCCACACUUUCAGAUGAUGAUAUAAGGCUGAACAGUCAAGUCUUUAACUGGCCAGAACAAAUUAUAUUGAUGCUCGAUUUACAUCGGGACCGGCUGCUGAACAAGAGAGACGAUGUAGAAGAAGAUCUGAGGAACCGAAUAAAAGAAUUUCAAAAGAAGGUGGUGGCAUAUGGCAAAGAAGUAGACAGCUUCAAGAGAAAAGAAAUUAUAACUACUGAUGAAAUGAGGAACAAUGUGGAAAAGAUCAGUGAAUUGACUAAUAAUCUGAAUGCAGCCAUCGAUGAGGCAGAUGCUAUAAACAAAGAAGAGGAGCUGUUGGAACACAAGCUGACCCAGUUCCCUCAAUUACUGGUCACAGUUGGACAGAAGCAGCCUUAUGAACAGCUGUGGAACACAGCAUAUAACUUCUACACAAAGUCAGAGAUGUGGAUGAAUGGACCCUUUCAAGGCCUAGAUGCUGAAGAGAUCACUAAUGAUGUUUCAACUAUGUGGAGAACAAUGUAUAAACUGACAAAGACUUUUGCAGACAUCUCAGGACCUAAACGCGUAGCAGAAAAUGCAAAACUUAAAAUUGAGAAAUUUAAACCUCAUCUACCAAUCAUUGCAAUCAUUUGCAAUCCUGGCAUCAAGGAGAGACACUGGGAAGAGAUCAGUCAAAUUGUUGGAUUUACAGUGAAACCAGAUAAAGACACCACGUUGCAACAAAUGCUAGAAUUUGGACUUUCAAAUUUCAGUGAGAGAUUGGAAGAGAUUGGUGUAGCAGCCAGCAAAGAGUAUUCACUGGAGAAAGCUCUCGCCAAGAUGAAGGCAGAAUGGUUAGAGUUGGUCUUCAACUUUACAAAAUAUAGGGACACAAAUAUAAGUAUUCUGUCCGCAGUGGAUGAUAUCCAGGUCCUGCUGGACGAUCAUGUCAUUAAAACCCAGACUAUGCGUGGAUCUCCAUUUAUCAAACCUGUGGAAGAAGAGUGUAAGCUAUGGGAGGAGAAGCUGGUCCUGAUGCAGAAUAUUUUAGAUGCCUGGUUAAAAUGUCAGGCCACCUGGUUGUACCUGGAGCCUAUCUUUAGCUCAGAGGACAUCAUUGCUCAAAUGCCAGAAGAAGGUCGGAAAUUUGGUAUUGUUGAUGGCUACUGGAAAGACAUUAUGUUGGAAGCAGUAAAAGAUACCCGAGUUUUGGUAGCUACAGCUCAGCCAAAUAUGCUGGAAAGGCUGCAAGAGGCUAAUUUUCUUUUAGAGGACAUCCAGAAAGGACUUAAUUUAUAUCUGGAGAAGAAAAGACUCUAUUUCCCAAGAUUCUUUUUCUUGUCCAAUGAUGAGCUGCUUGAGAUUCUCUCAGAAACCAAAGACCCGCUUAGAGUCCAGCCACAUUUGAAGAAAUGCUUUGAAGGGAUAGCAAAACUUCAGUUCACCGAUCAGCUUCAAAUAAUAGGGAUGGUCAGCUCUGAAAACGAAAUCGUUCCAUUUGUUAAAAUUAUCUACCCAGCAAAAGCAAAGGGUAUGGUGGAGAAGUGGCUUUUGCAAGUUGAAGGGAUGAUGCUUAGCAGCAUAAAGCACGUCAUCAAGGAAGGUAUUUCCCACUACGUUCAGCUACCUCGCAGAAAAUGGGUUCUUCAGUGGCCUGGGCAGGUGGUGAUAUCAGUGUCCACAGUCUACUGGACCAGUCAGGUCUCCAAGGCAAUUAGAGAUGGAACUUUAACAGAUUAUCUAAAGAAAAGCAACGAACAAAUCAAUGAAAUUGUGGAACUAGUGCGAGGAAAGCUAUCUAGUGGAGAACGCAUGACUCUGGGAGCACUCACUGUCAUUGAUGUACAUGCACGUGAUGUGGUUUCUGAACUGGCAGAUGCUAAAGUAUCAAGCCUCAAUGAUUUUAUGUGGAUUUCCCAGCUGAGGUACUACUGGGAAGAGAAUGAUGUUAUUGUGCGAAUGAUCACUACAGUUCUGACAUAUGGUUAUGAAUAUCUGGGCAAUUCUGCAAGACUCGUCAUAACACCUCUCACUGAUCGAUGCUACAGGACAUUGAUGGGGGCCUUAAAAUUAAAUCUUGGUGGUGCACCUGAAGGACCUGCUGGAACUGGCAAAACAGAAACCACAAAAGAUUUAGCAAAAGCUGUAGCCAAGCAGUGUGUAGUUUUCAACUGCUCUGAUGGCCUGGAUUAUAAAGCCAUGGGGAAAUUCUUCAAAGGCCUUGCUCAAUCUGGGGCCUGGGCCUGCUUUGAUGAGUUCAACAGAAUAGAGGUGGAAGUACUCUCUGUAGUUGCGCAACAGAUUCUCAGUAUCCAACAAGCAAUUAUAAGGCAUCUUAAAACAUUUUACUUUGAGGGUACAGAAAUUUCUCUCGACCCAACAUGCUCAGUCUUUAUUACCAUGAACCCUGGGUACGCUGGUCGAGCUGAGCUUCCAGACAACCUUAAGGCCUUGUUCCGUACAGUUGCUAUGAUGGUUCCAGACUACGCUCUGAUUGGUGAAAUUUCUCUUUACUCAAUGGGGUUUAUUGACUCACGAAGUCUUUCCCAGAAGAUUGUAGCUACCUACCGACUGUGUUCUGAACAGUUAUCAUCACAGCAUCACUAUGAUUAUGGUAUGCGUGCAGUAAAGUCAGUCCUGACUGCAGCUGGAAACCUGAAGCUGAAUUUCCCAAAAGAAAAUGAGAGUGUACUGCUGUUACGAGCCCUGCUUGAUGUGAACUUAGCCAAGUUUUUGGCCCAGGAUGUCCCUCUAUUUCAGGGAAUUAUAUCCGACUUGUUCCCUGGUGUGGAGCUACCUGCACCGGAACGUGAGGUUUUCCUCGUUGCACUCAGGACCAACAUCAAGAAGAUGAAGCUGCAGCCUGUUCCAUGGUUUAUUGAGAAGAUUAUUCAGAUUUAUGAGAUGAUGCUAGUGCGUCAUGGAUUUAUGAUUGUUGGUGAUCCUUUGGGUGGUAAAACCUGUGCCUUCAAAGUGUUGGCGGCAGCACUUGGUGAUUUGUAUGCAGCCCAAUUGAUGAAUGAGUAUGCUGUUGAAUAUGCUAUAAUAAAUCCUAAGGCUGUAACUAUGGGCCAGCUGUAUGGUUGCUUUGAUCCUGUGAGCCAUGAGUGGACAGAUGGGAUUCUCGCCACAACCUUCCGUGCACACGCAACUUCUGCUACCAAUACAAGAAAGUGGAUUGUAUUUGAUGGACCUGUUGAUGCUGUGUGGAUUGAAAAUAUGAAUACUGUAUUGGAUGACAACAAGAAAUUGUGUUUGAUGAGUGGUGAAAUUAUCCAGAUGAGUCCCAAAAUGAAUUUAAUAUUUGAGCCGGCAGGUUUGGAACAGGCAUCUCCAGCGACUGUCAGCAGGUGUGGUAUGAUUUACCUGGAGCCCCAUCAGCUCGGUUGGACGCCACUGAAAGAUUCCUACAUGGAUACUCUACCAUCAACUGUCACUGCUGAACAUAAAGAACUGAUCAAUGACAUGUUCCAUUGGCUGAUGCAGCCCUGUUUGGACUUCACCCGACUGCGCUGCAAGUUUUUUGUGCAAACGUCUCCAAUGCACCUUGCCUAUAGUAUGAUGAGGCUCUACUCUUGUUUAAUGGAUGAAAUAGCUCAGUCAGGAAAGGAAGAAAAUGAGGAAAUGUCAAGUCAACAAAUCACGCUCUGGCUGCAGGGUUUAUUCCUCUUUGCUACUGUAUGGGCUAUUGGUGCCACAAUCAAUGGGGAAAGCCGCAAGAAAUUUGAUGUUUUCUUCCGUAAUUUGAUUUUGGGAAUGGAUGACCAUAAUCCCCGUCCAAAGAGUGUCAAACUUACAAAAAACAAUAUAUUUCCUGAAAGAGGAAGCAUUUAUGAUUACUUUUUCAAAAAGACUGGUAGUGGACAGUGGACAAUGUGGACUGAUUACGCCACAAAAGACCAAGUCAUUCCUGCUGGAGCUAAGGUUUCGGAUCUUAUUAUUCCUACCGUGGAAACGGCCAGGCAGAGCUUCUUCUUAGACAUUUUUGUCUUACACAAAGUGCCUAUGUUAAUUGUGGGACCCACUGGCACGGGCAAAUCCACCAUUACAAACAAUUUUCUCAUGCGGCUGCCCAAAGAGCAUUAUAUUCCCAACUGCAUCAGCCUCUCCGCCAGAACCUCGGCCAAUCAAAUGCAAGACAUUAUCAUGUCCAAACUGGACAGGAGGAGGAAAGGAGUUUAUGGCCCACCUAUUGGAAAGGAGUCCAUUGUAUUUGUAGAUGAUCUUAAUAUGCCUGCAAAAGAAAUCUAUGGAGCCCAGCCACCAAUUGAGCUCCUUCGACAAUGGCUAGAUCAUGGUCACUGGUAUGAUAAGAAAGAUACAUCAAAGCUGACUAUUAUAAAUGUAUUGUUUCUUUCGGCAAUGGGGCCUCCUGGUGGAGGAAGGAAUGAUAUAACAGGGCGCUUCACUCGCCAUUUGAAUAUAAUCUCCAUUGAUUCAUUUGAUGAUGAUACCAUGAUGAAGAUUUUUACUUCAAUUUCGGAUUGGCAUUUUGGAAAAGGAUUUGAAACCACCUUUCUACGAUUAGGUAAGAUGAUGGUGCAAGCUACCAUGGCGGUUUAUAAGGCUGCAGUGGACAAUUUUCUUCCAACGCCUUCCAAAUCUCAUUAUGUUUUCAAUCUGCGAGAUUUCUCCCGAGUGAUUAAAGGAGUGCUGUUGUGUCCAAACACUCAUCUAAAGGAGGGGGAAAAGCUGAUUCGUCUCUGGAUUCAUGAAGUUUACAGGGUUUUUUAUGACAGAUUGAUUGCAGAUGAUGACAGACAGACAUUCUUCAAUAUAAUUAAACAAACAACAUCAAAUUUCUUCAAACAGUCUGUUGAUAAGGUUUUGAGCCAUUUAACUCCAUCGGGGAAAGUUACUGAUGACAAUAUUCGCAGUUUGUUUUUUGGAGAUUAUCUAAAGCCAGAGGCUAAUGUAAAGGCUUAUGAUGAGAUUGUAGACUUAAAACAACUCACAUCAAUCAUGGAAUACUAUCUGUCAGAGUAUAACAAUGUCAGUAAAGCUCCAAUGGCCCUGGUUAUGUUCAGGUUUGCUAUAGAGCACAUCUCAAGAAUAUGCAGAGUGCUAAAGCAGGACAAUGGCCACUUGCUUUUGGUUGGUGUUGGUGGAAGUGGCAGACAGAGUUGCACAAAACUGUCCACAUUCAUGAAUGAUUUUACUCUUUUCCAAAUCGAAAUUACAAAGAACUAUGGCAAGAGUGAAUGGAGAGAUGAUGUUAAAAAAAUAAUGAUCAAGACUGGAGUUGAAAGCAUACAGACUGUCUUCAUGUUUAACGAUAGCCAAAUUAAAGAUGAAUCAUUUGUGGAAGACAUCAACAUGUUGUUGAACACAGGAGAUGUACCCAAUAUCUUUCCAGCAGAUGAGAAAGCUGAACUCCUUGAAAAGAUGCAAACUGUGGCCAGGACAGAUGGAAAGAAAAUUGAAGCCACUCCACUGUCAUUGUACAAUUACUUUAUUGAAAAAGUAAAAGCUAACCUCCACAUUGUAUUAGUCAUGAGUCCAAUUGGAGAUGCCUUUAGGAAUCGUUUGCGAAUGUUCCCGUCACUCAUAAAUUGCUGUACCAUCGAUUGGUUCAAAGUUUGGCCAAGUGAUGCUUUAGAAAUGGUGGCACACAAAUCUUUGGAAGAUGUGGAAUUGGACUAUGAAGUCAGGAAAGAAGUUGUUGCACUGUGUAAAUAUUUCCAAGAGAGUGCAAGAGAUCUUUCAACUAAAUAUUUCUCAACAUUGCGGAGGUAUAACUAUGUGACGCCUACUUCCUACCUGGAAUUAAUCCUGACCUUCAAAGUUCUGCUUAAUAAAAAGAGGCAUGAAGUUGAUCUGAUGAGAAACCGUUACCUUGUUGGUCUAGAGAAACUAGAGUUUGCCUCUUCACAAGUGUCCGUAAUGCAAAAGGAGCUGACAGACCUGCAGCCAGAGUUGAUCAAGACUUCUGCUGAGACUGACAACAUGAUGAUAAAAAUUGAAGAGGAAACAGUUGAAGUUGAUGCUGCAAAGGAGUUGGUUGCAGCAGAUGAAGUAGUGGCUAAUGAAGCUGCAGCUGCUGCACAAGAAAUUAAGGAUGAAUGUGAGGGAGAUCUUGCAGAAGCCAUGCCAGCACUAGAGGCUGCUGUAGCUGCUCUCGAUACUUUGAAGCCUGCUGAUAUCACAGUUGUAAAGACUAUGCAAAAUCCACCGGGCCCCAUAAAGCUGGUGAUGGAAAGUAUCUGUGUAAUAAAAGGGAUAAAGCCAGAACGUAAACCAGAUCCAACUGGAUCAGGUAAAAUGAUUGAGGAUUAUUGGGGCCCAUCUAAGAAAAUUCUUGGCGACCUUAAAUUCCUUGAAAGCCUGAAGGCGUUUGACAAGGACAACAUUCCACCUGCUGUCAUGAAAAGAAUCAGGGAAAGGUUUAUAGACCAUCCAGACUUUCAGCCGGCUGUUAUUAAAAAUGUAUCAUCUGCCUGUGAAGGUUUGUGUAAAUGGGUUAGAGCCAUGGAAGUGUAUGAACGCGUCAUAAAGGUGGUUGGUCCAAAACGUGAGCGGCUGAGGAUAGCCGAAGAGGAAUUUGCUGUCCAGAUGGAGAUGUUGAAUGUUAAACGAGCAGAGUUAAAAGCUUUGGAGGACAAACUGCAAGCAUUGAAUGAUGACUUUGAAAUUAUGAAUAACAGGAAGAAGGAUUUAGAAGACAGCAUAGAACUCUGCUCACAGAAACUUGUACGUGCUGAAAAACUGAUAGGUGGACUUGGUGGAGAGAAGGACAGGUGGACUGAAGCUGCUCGACUUUUAGGAAUAAAGUACAAAGAUCUAACUGGUGAUGUGCUUCUGUCAUCAGGCACCGUAGCCUAUUUAGGGGCUUUCACAGUUGAUUAUCGUCAUGAAUGCCAAAGUGAGUGGCACGUCUUAUGUAAAGAGAAGUUAAUCCCAUGUUCAGAUGUCUUUUCCCUGAAUGGCAUAUUAGGAGAUCCUGUAAAAAUCCGCGCUUGGCAAAUUGCCGGGCUGCCAGUUGAUGCUUUUUCUAUUGACAAUGGGAUAAUUACAUCAAACUCGAGAAGGUGGCCCUUAAUGAUUGAUCCUCAAGGUCAAGCAAACAAAUGGAUCAAAAAUAUGGAGAAAGCCAACAGACUUGGAGUAAUAAAGUUAUCAGACACAAAUUAUGUAAGGACGUUAGAAAAUUCCAUCCAGUUUGGCACACCACUCUUAUUAGAAAAUAUUGGUGAAGAGCUAGAUCCCAUGCUUAAACCAGUACUGCUGAAACAAACAUAUAAGCAACAGGGAGUAGAGGUCAUGAAGUUAGGGGAAAAUGUAAUUGAGUAUUCACAUGACUUCAAAUUCUACAUUACCACUCGUUUAAGAAACCCACACUACCUCCCAGAAGUAGCAGUAAAAGUUUGUCUGUUAAACUUCAUGAUUACACCACUGGGCCUUGAAGACCAAUUGCUAGGAAUUGUAGCUGCCAAAGAAAAGCCUGAGUUGGAAGAAAAGAAGAACAUGUUGAUCGUGGAGAGUGCACAGAACAAAAAGCAACUUAAGGAGAUAGAGGACAAAAUUCUUGAAGUCUUGUCUUCAUCACAGGGAAAUAUCCUAGAAGAUGAAACUGCCAUUAAAGUGCUAUCUUCUUCUAAACUGCUUUCAGAGGAAAUAUCUCAAAAGCAACAAAUUGCAACUGCAACAGAGAAAGAAAUAGAUAUCACACGAAUGGGUUACAAGCCUGUUGCAGUACACUCAUCUAUUAUCUUCUUCUGCAUCUCUGACUUGGCUCACAUUGAACCGAUGUAUCAGUACUCACUAAUUUGGUUCAUUACCUUGUAUGUGCAGUCAAUUGCAAACAGUAAGAAGAGUGAAAAUGUGGCUAAAAGAAUUUUAGCCAUAAUGGAACACUUCACAUUGAGCAUCUAUAACAAUGUUUGUCGUUCUCUGUUUGAAAAGGACAAACUACUUUUUUCACUGCUUCUUAAUGUGGGGAUAUUGAAAGGUAAAGGAGAAAUCGAUGAAGAGCUAUGGCGUUUUCUGCUAAGUGGUGGUGUGGCUCUUGACAAUCCAUAUCCCAAUCCAGCUCCUGAAUGGCUAUCAGACAAAUGCUGGUCAGAGAUUGUCCGAGCGUCUAAUCUGACAAACCUGUAUGGAUUUAUGGAUCAUGUGAUUGACAAUAUAGAAAAGUGGAAAAACAUUUAUGAUUCUGCAAAACCUCAUGAAGAAGCACUUCCAGAUGAAUGGAGUUCCUUAAAAGGAAUGGAUCACUUGGUUGUUAUCAGAUGCUUUAGACCAGACAAAAUUAUUCCAGCAGUGCAGCAAUUCAUUGCUAACACAAUGGGAAAGAUAUUUGUUGAACCUCCAACGUUUGAUCUUGGUGGUAGUUACAAUGAUUCCCAUUGCUGUGCACCUUUGAUAUUUAUUCUUUCCCCUGGAGCUGAUCCCAUGGCAGGCUUGCUUAAGUUUGCAGAAGAUGUUGGCAUGGGUGGAGAAAACACUCAAACAAUAUCACUUGGUCAGGGCCAGGGACCUAUUGCUGCACAAAUGAUAGACGGUGCAAUUCAAAGUGGAUCCUGGGUCGUAUUGCAGAACUGCCACCUUGCAACUAGCUGGAUGCCUACUUUGGAGAAAAUCUGUGAGGAGGUGAUUAUACCAGAAAACACCAAAAAGAACUUCAGAUUGUGGCUGACCAGUUACCCUUCAGACAAGUUUCCUGUCAGUAUUCUUCAAAAUGGUGUAAAGAUGACAAAUGAGCCUCCAAAGGGCCUCAGGGCAAAUAUGCUACGUUCAUAUCUAAACGAUCCAAUCUCAGAUACUACCUUCUUCAAAAGUUGUGAUAAACCUGAAAUCUGGGAAAAACUUCUAUUUGGGCUUUGCUUUUUUCAUGCUCUAGUGCAAGAGAGGAGGAACUUUGGUCCUUUAGGUUGGAAUAUCCCUUAUGAAUUUAAUGAGUCUGAUCUGCGAAUAAGCAUGAGACAGAUCCAUAUGUUUCUGAAUGAAUAUGAAGAGGUACCAUUAGAAGCUCUAACAUACUUAACAGGUGAAUGUAACUAUGGAGGUAGAGUUACAGAUGACAAAGACAGGCGUUUGCUUUUGUCUCUUCUAUCUAUUAUAUACAAUAAGGACCUAAUAUACCAAGACAAAUAUGGGCUUACACCUGGUGAAAUUUACUAUGUCCCACCACAUGGUUCAUAUCAGUCAUACAUUGAUUAUCUACGAAAUCUACCAACUAUAACCCAUCCGGAGGUCUUUGGACUUCAUGAAAAUGCUGAUAUCACAAAAGAUAACCAGGAGACUAAUCAGCUUUUUGAAGGGGUGUUGCUAACUCUUCCCAGACAGGGUGGUGGUGCUGGUAAAUCUCCUCAAGAAGUUGUUGAAGACCUUGCUGCAGACAUUAUGUCCAAACUACCUGAUGACUUUGAUUUGGAAGAAGUGAUGAAGAAAUAUCCAGUAGUUUAUGAGGAGUCCAUGAAUACAGUACUCAGACAAGAACUUAUUAGAUUCAACAGACUCACCCAAGUUGUACAUAGCAGUCUUAUAAACAUACGCAAAGCUAUUAAAGGUCUUGUGUUAAUGUCUGCUGAGCUGGAGAAUGUGUUUGACAGUAUGCUGGUGGGCAAAGUUCCAGCUAUGUGGGCAGCCAAAUCCUACCCAUCUCUGAAACCCCUUGGCAGUUAUGUGGUAGACCUUCUUACAAGGUUACAUUUCUUCCAGGAAUGGAUCAGUAAAGGACCACCCAGUGUAUUUUGGUUAUCUGGAUUCUAUUUUACUCAAUCUUUUUUGACUGGUGUGUCUCAGAAUUAUGCAAGAAAAUAUACCAUACCAAUUGAUCACAUCGGAUUUGAAUUUGAGGUCAUGAAAGAAGAAACUGAUAUGGAGGUAAAACCAAGAGAUGGAGCCUAUAUUAAGGGUCUGUUUUUGGAAGGUGCACGUUGGGAUAGAAAAGAAAUGGUUAUUGGGGAGUCAUUUCCCAAAAUUUUGUUUGAUUCUCUGCCCAUUAUCUGGCUUAAACCAGGAAUCAGUGCAAAAUUUCUACAUCUAAAGAUCUAUUACUGUCCAGUCUAUAAAACUAGUGCUCGCAGAGGUACCUUAUCCACAACUGGUCACUCAACAAAUUAUGUUCUUUCAAUAGAGCUUUCAUCAAAUAAACCAGAACAGCACUGGAUAAAUCGUGGUGUGGCAGCUCUUUGUCAGUUGGAUGACUAA